UCCUCGGUGCGCUGUCCACUUCAGCACCACAAGCCGAGCGGAGGCAGCGGGCUAGCUAACCCCCGAAGAGGAGCGACGGAGGGAGUCGCGCUCAGCAUCAGCACCAGCACCAGCAUCAGCACCAGCAUCAGCACCAGCACCAGCGCCCGACGCGAGUCCCCGGUACUGAAAGAGAUUAGUGACAGGGUACCCCGCCGGUAUCCGCCCCAGCAGCGGAGGGUGUGAUGUCAGCAGAAGAUGGGCUGCGGAGCCAACACAGCAGACAAUUCUGCAGCAGCAGCAGCAUCCAAUCAAGCCGACAGCACAGGAAACCCACGGGCAAAGAGUCCAUCAUCAUGUACGAUGCAGCGAGGGUGCCAUCCCCCAAGGAUGGUGCGAAUGGGGUGGCCCAGCCAGUGGUCCCCGGGGCGGGAGCAGGAGCGGCUGCAGGAUCAGGAGUUGCUGCACUGACUGCAGUCUCGCAAGCUUCAAAUGAGGCGACACAGCUAGGUAUGGAAGAGGAGGAGGAGGACGAGUCCAAAGCAGAGCCUGUCCUGGUGAAGAAGCCGCACAGAGAGAUUCUGGACCACGAGAGGAAGAGGAGGGUGGAGCUCAAAUGUAUGGAGCUCCAGGAGAUGAUGGAGGAGCAGGGGUACACAGAGGAAGAGAUUCAACAGAAAGUGAGCACAUUCAGACAAAUGCUGAUGGACAAAGAGGGUGUCAUCACCAGAGAAGGUUCACACACACAACCAGUCUCUUGUGUUGUCAGGGUCAACCACCUGCACUAUCAGCCUGACGAGUAUGAGGACCCUGAGUUGGCUGGCUAUGAAGACGGAGACUACGGCCAUGACUAUCACAGUGACAGCAGAGUGAAGAGGAAAUCAAGCAGCUCUCCAUCCCCUCGUCCGAAGAAAAGGAAGAAGAAGAAAUCUGGCCGCCGGAGGAGUAGGUUUGGCAGCUCCUCACCCACGCGCAGAGAGAAGAAGAAAAAGAGUGGGAAGAAACACAAGCGAGACAGAUCUGCAUCUGGCUCCAGGAAAAAGAGGAGAUACAGAUCGGGCAGCCCAAAGAACAGACACAAAGACAAGAACAAACAGAAAAAGAGGUCCCCCGGUGAGACCCCCGGUAGGAGUUCACAGCGUCAAGGCAGCUGCUGUAGCUCCCGAAGCGCCUCCCUGUCCUCCACCCAGAGUACUUCCAAAUCUCCCUCCAGACUGAACUCCAAGCACAAGGCGGACGGACCAAGGGCACCUGGCACCUUGCUGUCCCCGGGCCCCAACAGUCCUGCCACGUGGCACAACGGCGACCACGUCCAGCGAGGCCGCAACGGCAAGGCUGGCAGACUCAACCACGUCGAGGGCGAGAAAGGGCACGAUAAGCUCCAUCUGUUGACUGCUGGCUCUGCAAGCAUCCAGUCCACUCUCCUGAGAGAGCACAAGCUCCACAGCGCCUCCAGCCGGAGCCAAACGGGGCCGAUGUGUGCAUCAGGAGAGGCUGGGAGCAUUGACGGCAGGAACACAGCUGUGGGGAGCUCCGUAACCCAGACGCCGAGGAGGAGAGGGAGCCAGCGAGGCCAGAACAAGAGCUCCCACUCCCCUGCUCACAGCAGCGACUCAACCCACUCCCAGCACAAACACACUCACAGGGGGAGGAACUCCCGUCACCAGAGAAAGACAAAAGCGGGUCACUCUUCCAAGCGCCACCACCGCUCCAGUCGGGGCCAGGCGCACCAUCGGAGCGCGUCGGCAUCUCCAGGGCGCCACUCGCACACGUCAGGCAGGAAGAAAGAGGAGUCUCGGAGCAAGGCCAACCUCCGCCAGCGCAGCAGCUCCUGGAGCAGCGGCCGUUCAUCCUCACAUUCUGCGUCCAGAGACAGAGGUCCCAGCAAGGCCAAGUCCCCACACAACAGACAGAACAACUCCAGAGAGAGGGACAGCCCUAACCGCUCCGACACCGACAGCCGAGCUCGUCGCCGCUCACGCAGCUACUCACCCAUUCGCAAAAGGAGAAGAGAUUCGCCCAGCUUCAUGGAGGCUCGCAGGAUCACCAGCGCUCGCAAGAGGCCGAUCCCGUACUACCGGCCCAGUCCCUCCUCGUCCAGCGACGACAGCAGCCCAUCGCGGUCCAGCCGCAGCCACAGCCGCAGCUACAGCAGCUACAGCCGCAGCCGCAGCCACAGCCGGAGCCACAGCCGCAGCCACAGCCGCAGCCGGAGCUGGAGCCGCAGCCAGAGCCGGAGCUGGAGCCGCAGCAGGAGUCGCUCCCGCAGUCACCACAGUUACUACAGCCGCAGCAGCUACGACAGCCCCGGCUGCUGAACGCUCAGCGAAGGGGAGGGGAGGGGGAAACAAGAGCGAACAGACGAGGAGUCCAAUUAAACCGGCCGCGCUCCGGUUCAGUUAUUAUGUAUCUUUAACAAGCCCUCGACAGAGCCGUACAGUCCAAGGCUCAAACCCUUUGAUCCUUGACCUCUAUCCCUCUCCAACACACAGCCUGGGUCAAAGAGGACAAGUGUAUUUUGAUAGAGCACAUCACUACGAAAAUUGGCCGUCACUCCUGUCUUCACACACGUAUCCGAGUUGUCCAAGGGAAAUGGGGGUUUUCAAUGGCAUCAAUUCAUUUGGUCGAGCCCAAAGAACAAAUCUUGCUGUAUGUUAGCACUUUCUUUCUCUUCUACCACAAAACAACCAAAAUGAAUUCAUUAAAAACUAUAUAAAUAUACAGUAUAUAUAUAUAUAUAUAUAUAAAUAUAUAUAUCCUUAAAAAAAUAGGAGCUGAGAAGAAAAAAAAGAGGACACAUCGAUGGCUUACUGUACAUUCCAGAUUUUUUUCUCUCCUCCUAAUCAUGUGUUCAUCUCCCCCAAAGACUUCCGUUUCACCGAAGCACACAGAGAUCAACCGAAGUGAGAACAAAAGACAGAGGCGACGGACGACGAGAGGAAGGGAAGAAAGAAAAAGGGACUUUUUUUUUAAAUGACGAAAAUUGUACUGUAUAGGUUUCUCUGUAUAGAUAUAAGUUCUGGCUUUGUAAACUAUGCACUAUAUAUAUUCCACGUAGUUUGAGGAGGUUUGUUUAGCAUGAUGCAUCAGGAGAGACUUGCAGGUCGUAGGAGAGAAUCCUAGUGGAAGUUUGUGAUGCCGGGACGCGUCUGUGCUCCGUCUGACCUGCAUUACAGACGAACGAGCGGGAGAAAAACUUGUAUUAUGUAGUUUUACUCUUUUCCCUGUUUAAAUUAUUAUGUUCAUUCUUUUAAUCAUGUGUGUGCGUGCAUGCGUGUCCACUGUAGCCCGCAUCUAAGGCUACUGUACAGGAAAACUGUCUGCAAAAAAGUUUCCAUGCACACGUUUGCGUUGACCACAUCUAUUUAUGACUCAAAUGGUAUUUAUUCGUUUUAUUUAUUGAGUUAUUUAUUGAUUAUUUAAUUUAUUUAAAACUUUGCCGUGAAGCGGUGUGGAUCAUGUUUCGAAUAUGAGAUUGCUGCAGACGUAUUAUCAUGUUUUACACAGAGUCAGUUUCUUAACGUGGCAAAAAACAAAAAAAUGUCAUUCCGCUAGCGGCGUGUAGAUCAGCUGCGCUGUGUGUGUGUGUGUGUGUGUGUGUGUGUGUGUUGACGAAGCUCUUGAUUUUUUUUUUGCCAGCGAAUCCGAGUCUUCACCUACUGCUUCACCCACCACUGCCGCCGUGGCAUCCCUCACCUGUUGUAGCGGUUCAUUUUGAUGCACGCCAUUGUGGCUCCUCCUGUAGGUAGACGCGAGGGACCAGCCUGAAGUAGAACCAGAACAUCCCCCUGUGUGGAGAAGACGGUCUGAUCUUCUUCUCUGCUGUAUGUUUCCCGCCACCACCACCACAUGCUCUUAUCCCUUGUAUGAUGGGUCACACCGUGCUUCUGAAGGUCCCCUGGUUACCAGCCUGAAGAGGUGGAUAUAUAUAUAUAUAUAUAUAUAUAUACAGUAUACGACUGUCUCCAGCUUCAGUCGUGAGGCAAACUGGUGGCGAAACAAUCAGGGAUCACCCUAAGUCUUCCUUAACCGUUCGCCCAGUCUCAUGUCACUCACUCAGUGAUGCAUUUCCCAGUGUGACCUACUGUGACCCCCAAACUAUAAUACUCUGCAAACCCGUUCAUUUAUUCCAAGUAUAGCAGUGCCCCUUUGGUUCGACGAGUCAUUCUUUGUAUUGUACAAGUUAUUAUACCUGACAAUAAACAGAUACUAAUGGGGA